UUUGUUACUAUCCAUAUUGAAAAUCAACCGAACGUUCGUAUUUAAAGUCGACACGCUUUAAGCGUCAGUAUUUUACUCUCCGGAAGCAGAAUUAUCAAGCAGAAGCUGAUUGUGGGAUGGACAAGUACUGUGGUAUGAGUGAAGAUCAGUCUGAUGCUGCCAGACAACAGGAGAGACACUAUUACCUGCUGUCAGAGCUGCAGACGCUCGUGAAAGACCUGCCCAGCUCGUUUCAGCAGCGUCUGUCCUACACCACACUUAGUGAUCUGGCUCAAGCGCUCAUCGAUGGGACGGUGUAUGAAAUAGUGCAAGGGCUGCUGGACAUUCAACACCUGAUGGAGAAAAACCUCUACAAUCAGAGACAGAAGCUACACUGCGAGCACAGAGCUGUCAAGCAGGAUUUGGUGCGGAAACACAGACAGUCUCUGCAGACGUGUAAGUCUCACAAUCUGGCCGUUCUGAAAUCCAACCAGAGAGCAGAAACUGAGGCUCUCGAUCAGCGAGUGAAAGAAGAGCAGAGGAUGAUGGACGAGAAGGUCGUGGCUGAGAUGGAUCAGAAGGUUCUAGAUCAGCAGAACACGCUGGAGAAAGCAGGCGUGCAGGGGUUCUACAUCACCACUAACCCGCAGGAGGUGAUGGUGCAGAUGAAUUUGCUGGAGCUGAUCCUGAAGCUGCAGCAGAAAGAGACUCUCUCUGGAUCUCUGCCCUGAAGAGACUCUGUUUCAUCGGGACACGUGUGUGUGGACUCAUUAUUAAAAAUGACUUGUCUGCGUUCAUUCGACUCUCAUUUCUUUGAACAUGAUUUGCAUCUUUAAAUCACAAACACACGCAGACUGUCAGGUUUGUGUUUGUAAAUGUUCAGAGAGCAUGUAAAUUAACCCAUUGAUUUGAAUUAAUGCAGAAUAAUAGCUUUUGCUACAAAG